AUGGCUUCAUUCUCGGUAAAGUCAAUCGAUCAUGUCGUGCUCACAGCCAGGGACAUCCCGAAGACCAUCGAGUUUUACACGCAACGAUUGGGCAUGAAGCAUGAGGUCUUUUCUGCGAACGGAGGCGAGCGCCAUGCACUGUCGUUCGGGAGCCAGAAGUUGAACCUACACCAGUCUGGGAAGGAGUUUGAACCGAAAGCAGAAAAUGUUCAACCAGGGUCAGAAGACCUGUGCUUUAUCACAGAUUAUCCUGUAGAUGAUGUGUUGAAAAGCUGGCAGGCAAAUGGGAUUGAGAUCUUAGAAGGUGGCAAAGUGGUAGAUCGAACUGGAGCUCAAGGCAAGCUGAGGAGCGUGUAUUGCCGUGAUCCUGACGGCAACCUGAUCGAGUAA